UUGUAAAUAGUCUAGAAAUGAAAUUUAUACUUUGCCUGUCGAAAUUUAAUCAAGCUCCCUUUCCUUGCUGUGUACUUCUCAAGUUAUUGACAUAAAAACUAUACAUUCUAUUGAAAUUACACAGCUAGUGAACCUUUUCAGCAAUAUCGUUUGUGACCUGAAUUUUCAUUGACUUGAGGUCUAACAAAUAGCUCCCUCCGGAAGAGGUGAUUCAACAGGUAGGCUGAUUAAUUCCACUUAAACUGCAAAGCGAAAGUAGUACUUGGAACAGUCGAGGCGUGGUGUCUUUUAAGUUAAUACUUGCAACUUUAGGCACCAAUAUGGACGCCUUUUCAUUCAUCUAUUUUAUGAUCCUCAGUGUGCCUUUUGUUUGUGGACAGCCUGUCGUGAAUCAAACGGGAAUAGAGGACAACGAAUAUAUCGUCGAACUCAAACCAUCGGUUGCAGAGUCUGACCCUGAUGCCGCCAUCUUAACUCUGAUCAACUUUGCGUUGUCCGAGGAUCCAAGGGUGGUCAUCUUCCAUAAUUACACAAUCUUCGACUUCGUGGGCGUGGCCCUCAACACGACCCAGAGUGCGAUUUCGGCCAUCCGGGCACAUAGUUCAGUUCAAGACGUUUGGCCUAACCGUUAUAUAUUGGAUGAUGCGACCAAUUUGGGAGUAAUAAAACAGCGCGUUGACAACAACGCUCAGGGGGACAUUUGGGGCCUGGCAAGGAUAUCUCAGAGACAAAAACUGAAUAUAGCUGAAGAAAUGUUCUAUGAAUACGACAAUAUCGCAGGCAGUGAGGUUUACGCAUAUGUUAUCGACAGUGUAGUUGACGUUAGACACCCAGACUUUGAGGACCGUGCUCGAUUUGGUUACAAUGCAGUUGAUGAAACUACGAACUUCCCCGUAAAUCUUUUACAAGACCCUGAGCAAACACACGGGACACACGUAGCAGGAACGAUUGGCGGGAAAACGUAUGGCGUGGCUAAAAAUGCAACCAUAGUGUCUGUCAAAGCCGACACAAAAGUAUGGAAUCCUUGGAGAGGAGAACAUGAAUUUCGUUUCCAGUCCGACGACCUUAUUGAAGCAUUGGAAUGGAUAGAAGAGGAUCAUAGCCAGAGAAAAGCAAAGGACAGCAAAGCUAAAUCGGUCAUCAACAUGUCUCUGGGGGGAUUUACCCCUAGUAGACAGCCAACAGUUGUAGAAAGAACUAUAAUAAGACUUAUUAAAAUGGCGGGGAUUCCAAUUGUUGUUGCAGCAGGUAAUGACGCUUACAUUGCUUGCAUGGUUACCCCAGCGCGUGUUCUUGACGCCAUAACUGUCGGAUGCUCGGACUAUAACGAUCGACUGUGUACAUUUUCCAAUUACGGCAACUGUGUGGAUAUCAUAGCACCAGGUUACCAGAUUCUGUCCACGCUGCCCAACAACGGAGCCGGGAAAAAGGACGGUACGUCCAUGAGCGCCCCACACGUCAGCGGCGUCGUCGCGCGCUUCCUAGCUCUCCACGACACGCCCCCGACUCCAGAAAAGAUCAAACAAUGGCUCACAGAGAAAUCGACCAAGGAUGCCGUCACGAUCCGUCCCACGGCCGUCGGUACUCCAAAUCGUCUGCUCUUCAUGUCGCCGAAUCAGACGUUAAUUAACGGGCAUUCCACCUCGGCUUCGAGUCAGAUCCAAGGGAUUUCUGCCUUUACCCUUAUUCUGAUCAUUGCUGGCUCGGCUUCCUGCAGAUAAAACAUUCAGUGACUGCACUGUUUCAAAAGAAGCAGAGAACUAAAAUACAUGCAUGUUAUUUUAUAUUUUAGAAAAGUUGUUGAUGUUCCUCAUUAUUUUUAUUAUUUUCGGCAAUUAUAAAAACCUGCCAAGGUAUCCUGUAGGCGAUAUUCGCCAAAGACCUAAGUUUUCUUGAGUAGAGGAACAUAUUCCUGCUUGUCACGAAUCAUUGCUUGACUCGUUGAAUAUUGAACUUGUAUGUGCCAUCUCUUAUAAAGUAGCUUAGUUCUGGACUAAUCGUGUCUCAUUUAGAUCGCUAUUAUGUCUUUCUGAUAUUUCAGAAGAAAUAUUCACCAGAUAGGUCUACUUAAAUUUGAGGGGUUUAUUGUUUUCAGGGUCUGACGUGGAAAAAUAAGUUGUUUUGAAGAAUAUUUACACACCAAAAUAACAUUUUAGAAUAUACCUUUAACCAUGGACUAUUUCGGUCCAAGCUUUAACGAAUGAAACAGAAUAAACAAUCAAAGU